UGGUGCAGACUUUCCAAACUCGCAUGCAGACUUCUGACUCUGUCAGUGCUGAGGUGCAGCAGGUGUUUGGUCGUCAGCUGUCUGCCCUGCAGGCCCAGAGAGAUGAACUCCUCAGACAGCUGGAGACACAAAGACAACAGCAGACCUCCUUCUCUGACAUCCUACUGGAGAAAAACGCCCUGGAGGAAAACCUGCAGAAGGAGAAGGAGUUACUGAGAACAAAGUUACAGGAGAAGGAUGAUCUGGAGAGAGGGCUGCAGGAGGAGAGGAAGAGGCUGGAACAGCAGGUCCAGGAACAGAGGAGACUGGAGGCAGUUCUAGAAGAGAAAAAUAAACUGGAGCAGGAGCUGGCCAAACAGAAACGUGAGCUGGAGGGACAGCUGAGGGAGAUAGAAGAACGUUAA